GGCGGGAAAAUCCUUCGCAGUCGUUCUAAAACAGCGACAAUCGAUGAAUCUAUUCUCAAUAAAAUUAAAGAACACCAAAAGGAAUUGGUCAAACAGAAACAGGAGGAAGGGCUUAAACGUUUUGCCGCGGAAGAUGCCGGCGGGCAUGAUUCAAAUGAAAGUGUUUUUAAAAAGUAUGAAAGCUAUCGUCGCGAGAGCCAACUCCCGGCCAAAGUUGACGACUUGCGGAUUAUGGUGGAUCACCGUGCUCAGUCAGUCAUCCUUCCCAUUAACCAGUUUGCGGUGCCUUUUCAUGUGAAAACAUUGAAGAAUGUGAGCACUUCAUUUGAAGGAGACUACACUUACUUGCGUAUAAAUUUUGUUACGCCAGGCCAGCUUUCGGGUAAGAAGGAUGACGUUCCCUUUGAUGAUCCUGAUGCCACUUUUAUCCGGAAUAUCAGUUAUCGUUCAACGGAUGCACGUCACCUUCACGAGCUUUCUAAUGAGAUCACCGAAAUGCGCAGGAUUGCCUUGAAGCGUGAAGCUGAGCAGAAAGAAAUGGCUGACGUGGUUGAGCAAGACCAACUGAUCCUCAACAAGCAGCGCCCCCUCUCAUUACCAGAAGUAUUCCCUCGUCCCGCACUUGAAGGAAAACGCGUUCCUGGUCAUCUCACUAUCCAUCAGAACGGUGUUCGCUUCAUGUCACCUAUGCGCCAGGACCAGAAAAUUGAUAUCCCUUUCAGCAAUGUCAAGCAUCUCUUCUAUCAGCCUUGCGAUAAAGAACUCAUUGUACUUAUCCAUUUCCAUCUCAAAGCUCCUGUCAUGGUUGGCAAGCGCAAGACUCGUGACAUACAAUUCUACCGGGAGGCUUCUGAUGUCCAAUUUGAUGAAACAGGGAACCGGAAACGCCGUUAUCGUACUGGCGAUGAAGAUGAAAUUGAACUGGAGCAGGAAGAGCGCCGGCGUCGUCACAUGCUGAACAAGGAGUUUAAGCAUUUCGCGCAGCGCAUUGCCGAUGCCUCUGAAGGUCGAGUGCAGGUGGAUAUUCCAUAUCGCGACUUGGGCUUUAAUGGUGUUCCAUCGCGCGCUAGUGUUCUACUACAGCCUACAACUGAUUGCCUGAUCCAUCUUACUGAUCCUCCGUUUUUGGUAAUCACCCUAUCCGAGAUCGAAAUCGUCCAUUUGGAACGUGUUCAAUAUGGUCUCUCCUCGUUCGAUAUGGUAUUUGUGUUCAGCGAUUUUUCUCGGACCCCAUUACACGUGAGCAGUGUCCCAAGCAGUUCCUUGGAUGAUGUUAAGCAAUGGCUUGAUUCAGUGGACGUUUGUGUGACAGAGGGUGCUGUAAAUUUGAACUGGGGUGCUAUUAUGAAGACCAUCAAUGAGGAUCCUCAUGCAUUCUUCCAAGAAGGUGGUUGGGGCUUUCUCCAAGCCGAUGCUUCAGAUGUGUCGGAUGAGUCAGAGAGCGAACAGGAGUCUGAGUUUGAUUCUGACUUAGAUGAUGGCGACCAAGAAUCCACUGAAUAUUCUGAAAGUGGGUCGGAGUUUGGUGAAUCAGAAGAGAGUGGCUCUGAACCAUACGAAGAGAGCGAAGAAGGCGAAGAUUGGGACGAACUUGAGCGCAAGGCCGCCCGAGAUGACCAAAAGAAGCGCCGCGAACGUGGUGAAGGCAGCGGUAGUGAGGAUGAAGACGUUAAGCCCAAGAAGAAGAGCAAGAGCGGGUUCGGCAAGCUCUAG